AUGACGGAGUCGUGCCCCUUCAGGCAGGACGAAGCCGAGACCAGGACACAGUGCUGCCAGGAGCCGCACGGCCCAGUUUCCCACUCAACGCCAGCCAGCAUUGGGCCACCGUUUGGCCACGGGAUAGCCUGGGCCGUCUACAAGGGCAAGUACCAGGAGGGCACGGACAAGGCGGACCCGUCCACCUGGAAGACGCGGCUGCGCUGCGCGCUCAACAAGAGCACGGACUUCCAGGAGGUGCCGGAGCGCAGCCAGCUGGACAUCUCCGAGCCCUACAAGGUCUACCAGAUCGUGUCCGAGGGCGCCAGGGAGCCGGAGAAGGCUGGCCGCCUGGAGUCCCCUGCCCUGGAAAAGCAGCGGCUGAGCCAGCCCGGCACUGCCAGGCACCCUCUGACGGUAGCUAACCACGGGCUGGACAAGGCCAGCGCGUCCUCAGACACAGAGGAGGAGAGCAAGAAGGAUGGGACGGAGACGGACCAGGGCUCUCCAGUGCCGCCUGUCUCUCUCUUGCCAAGCCAUCCUGCAGAGCAGGGAUACCGAGUGAAGGGGGUUUUCUACGGCUGGAACCCAGCCCACGGCCACCUGCUGCAGAGCCCACCGUCCUGCCCCAGCUACGUGCCCGUCGACAACAUCAACAACUCAGACUGCUGGCUGCACAUCCGGCUGUACUACUGCGAUGUGCUGGUGACCGAGUUCACCACGCACACGGCCGAGGGCUGCGUCAUCACCUACCGCCCUGUGCCCGCCGACAACGAGCGCCUCUACGGCCCGUCCUGCAUGGAGCAGAUCCCUUUCCCGCCCCCGCGCCUGCUCAGCACCCACAGCGGGGUGGCCAGCGUCCUGGACGUCCUGGAGCGACUCCUGCCUCACCUGGACCGCGGCGUCCUCCUGUGGGUGGCCCCCGAAGGUGUCUUCAUGAAGCGCCAGUGCCAGGGCCGGGUGUACUGGAACGGGCCCCUGGCGCCGCACCACGACCGGCCCAACAAGCUGGAGAGAGAGAAGACCUACAAACUCCUGGACACCCAGCAGUUCCUGCAGCAGCUGCGCGGGUACUUGAGCCGCGGGGAGCCCGUGCCCCAGUACCAGAUCCACCUCUGCUUUGGGGAGGAGUUCCCCGCCAGCCCCGGGCAGAACUUCCAGAAGCUCAUCAUGGCCCACAUCGAGCCGGUGUUCGCUCGCGAGCUCUUCCACUGCGCCCAACGGAUGGGGCCGCAGUUGCUCCAGGACUCUGUGCCACCGAGUGCCAGCGAUGGGUCCAGCCACAUCAUCCAUAUCCUGAAGCAGUUGUGCCAGCCCUGAGCUGCUGAGAGGGAGAGAGAGC